CACGUCUCGUGAGGAGAGCAAGAGACGAGACGAGCGAGAAGGAAGAGUUGAGAGCAGGAAGGAGGUCAAGGAGGAACACGUAGUAUGGACGCGUCUCGGUUUGUCAAGUCGGCCGAGUCGCGGUCUCUGUGGAACUACACGCUCUCGCCCGGGUGGACCGAUGCCGAGGUCGACAUCCUCACAAAGUGCAUGAUGAAGUAUGGUGUGGGCAAUUGGUCGCUGUACAAGAAAUUGGGCGUUCUUCCGGGGAAAACAACGGCUCAGCUGAAUACUCAGACUCAGCGCUUGCUUGGCCAACAAUCGACGGCGGCUUUUACCGGACUCCACAUCGAUCCAAAGGCUGUCUUCAUGGACAACGCCUUGAAGCAGGGCGAGCAGUACGUCCGCAAGUCGGGCGUGCUCAUCAACACAGGUGGGCGACUGACUCGGGAGGAGAUCGAGGCUCUCCGCCAGCAGAACAUGGAAAAGUACGGCAUCAAGAAGGAGGUCUACGACGCCAUCACCAUCCCGACGCCUAACGACGACGCCGCUCUCCUUGCACAGAUCGAGGACAUCCAGGCUCACAACUACCUCGUCGACGCCAAAAUCGAGGUCAAACGCAAGGAGCUCGAGGCCAAGAUGGCCCGGGUGCAGCGCAUCCGCGACCUCAUUGUCGCCAAGGGCGGCACGCUCCCCACACCGCCGGCACCCGCCGAAGACGGGCCAGCGGCGAAGCGGACCAAGACGCUCGACGGGAACGCAGCGGCGUCGAGCUGAGAAGCGUUUGGUACAGUUAAUAUGAUCCAUUUACAUGCAGUUGUCAAGGAUGUCGCGCUCGCCGUUGGCGAUCUUGAUCUUGAGAUGACCGUAGAGAAUGACGCCGGCCAUUGCGACGGCGACGCCGAGCAGGUUCUUUGCCGCGCCUUCUGCCGAUUCGACUUGGGUAAAGAAGAGGAAGCCAAA